UAAUCCCGUCUCCCAUCUCAGCUUUAACCAACAUUGAUCGUCAAACACUAAUUACUCCACAAACAGCAGGUACGACAGCGACUAGAGAGGGCAUCGACAACAGCUCUUCUCUUCUCUUUUCCUUUGUCUUUAUUUCCUUUGUCCUAUUUCCUUGAGUCUCGGGUUUACUUCUCACCUUUUUUCUUUCACAAUGUCUGCUCCAUCUAUGAACAACAACGGUGGCAAUGCCUGCAACAACAACAACAGCCGAGCCCAACAGAUCUCAUAUGCCGAUCUCAUGAAGCCCGAUGAGGACUGGCGUGUCCUUCCCGAUGCUGCUGAACGCCGUAGGAUCCAGAACAGGCUUGCACAACGUGCCUACAGGCGCAACAUGCGUGACCGCACCAAAGAGCUCGAAAAGCUCAAGAAGGAACUGGCCACUCUGAAGAAGGACCCUGUCGGCCAGGUUUCUCCCCGCAUGUCUCCCCCGCAACAGCCCGUGGCCACCAUGGUGUCGGCUCCCAGCGACGACUUCAUCUUUGACGGCACCAUGUCUUCGGACAUGGGCAUGGCUUCCGCCUGGACCGAGCCCUUCCCCUCGACCCAGUUCGAGGCUUCCAUGAACAUGGAAUCGUACUUCCCCCAGGUUCCCGAGAUGGCCCGUCCGGGAUCCAAGCGCCGACGGACUAGCAGCUCCGAGGGUCACAUGGCUCCUCGCCCCGGUUCAGGCGGUCUUUCGGUCGGCGCCAUCCACGGCCACCAACGCUCACGCUCGCACACGCCCAUCUCCUCCCCGCCCAUGGUCAACGCUGCCCUGAUGCAGGACGGUCUUGCAACUCCUCCCAUGGCCGAGUUCUUCCCCUCGCCUUGCAACUUCGACCUCGGCUCCGACAUGACCAACCAAGUGAGCCUUCCUCAGACCGACGACAUUCAGCCCUUCACAUUGGAUGGCUUCACCAACGACUGCAACGGUGACAGCAACAACAACAACAACACUGCCAGCAGCUCUCUUGAUCAGGGCCUCUGGACGCCGCCCAUGACCGGCAGCCUGUACGGCUCCUUCCUAACGCCUCCGACCCAGCACCAGGAUGGUGCCUCGAGCCCUCCCAACUGCUGGCAGAACAGCACGCCCUCGACCGUCAGGAGUGAGAAUAUGGGCCGCUCCCGCAGUUGCUCUUCGGCCAGCAAUGUCUCGCCUUUCUCAGCCGCCACCAGCCAGUUCUCUUCUCCUGCGCUCAGUGCCACUGCAAAGGCCGUACAGCCCAGUGGCUUGAACCUCAACGUGUUUGACGCUACCAGCCACGACAACAUGUCCAUGCUCCCUACUAUUGACGGCAACAUAAUCACCACUCCCAUCACCAACCAGAGCCAAUCCAGCUUGCUUCACCUUGCCGUUUCAGGCGGUCACCUCUCAGUCCUCAAGCUGCUCCUCCAGAGCUGCGACAUUCCCAUCAACACCCGGGACGCCAAGGGUUACACUGCCCUCCAGCGCGCUGUCUUCGCCGGAAAGAUGGAGAUGGUCACCCUCCUUAUCGAGCACGGUGCCGACUUCAGCGCCGGCCGCCAGGACGACGGUGCCGAGGCCGCUGCUGAGCACGCUGCAGUGGUAUAAGCUGGUUAUUCUCUGAGGCGAGGGCUAUCUAUUUCCUGCAAUGGGGAAGAUCCUGGGGGGAUGAGUUGUGUAUGACCAAGACGAGCAGAGUCAGAGUCACCCAUCCACCCUGUCGUGGUUAUGGGCUCACGGUUGUAACGAUGGCGGGGAGCUUGCUUUCCGAUAUGUCUCUUCGAUUCUAAAAUAUCAAUUUUACCUCGAACGAAUUUAUUCUGCUUUUUCACACAAAAGACACAAGCACGUCACCACCGAACUUUCCUUUUUUUCAGCAUUGCAAACGGAGCAAAUUGGGCGUUUCUUUUUCUUUCUUCGAUUUUUGACUUUCAUGUUACUGGGGGUUUGUUUUCAAGGAUAGCAUAGCAUUUGCCGGUUCUGGGUUCCUGGUCUUCUGGUUUCUCUUCUCUACGUUCACUUCGGAGUCUGUUGGGUUUGCAACCUUGGGAUUUAUUUGCAUCGUCAAUUUUGCUUGUUUUUGUCUUCUGCUUUCCUCUUUUUCUUCGCGUAUACCAUAGCAUAGCAAACCGGAGCAAAGGGGGCAAAGGAUGUAAAUGCAAUUUUUGGUGUUUUUGUUCUCAUUUUCAAUCGGAUGUCUAUAUUCGUUUUCCCAACGCUGCGCUACCUUCUACAGCAGAAUUAUCAUGAGGUCGUUUCGCUUCACCAAAUGUAAGAUCCGAUCUGGCUCGUUUCUCGCACUUGACACUGGAUCGAUGC